AGUUUUAAGAUGAUUAAUAUUUUACAACAUGGCCAUAAGCUAAAUACAGAAAAAGCCUGUGGUACUAUAUAUCCAGACUCUGGAACACAUCCAAAAUCUUCUGUAAGUCUUGCUUGUAGAGAAUCCUCUGUAAGUCUUGAAGGAUCCUCUGUAAGUUUUGAAGAAAUUUAUAUCCCUGACCAAAAUUUAAAUAAUAAUGGGAGUCAACUGGUACUAUUGGAAGAUACCACAUUUAAUUGUCCAGCCUCAACUUCAACUAAUGUGGAUCUAGUCUCAACUUUUCCUUUCCCGAAUUUGGAAACUCCAAAACAAUAUCAAAAAACGAAUAAAGAAGAAAAUGAUAAGCUUCAAAAAGAUCUUGCAAAUACAGAAAAAAAACUUGCAGUAACCAAAAAAGAGCUUGAAUCCACUAAUAAAAAACUUGUAACCGAAAAAGAGCUAAAAUACACUAAUAAAAAACUUGCU